AGUAGUACUAGACUACUUGAUCACCAUUUGCUCCUUUUUUCUUUUCUUUUUUUUUUUUCUUAACUCCCAACCACAUCACCUUUAUUCCAUUACACACUUCUUUUCUUUUCUUCUUUCUCAGUCACAACCAAACCCAACAAUCCCCUGCAGCAUCUCACACUUUCACCUGAUCCAGAAAUGUUCCACCAUCUUCCACCACUCCCACUCCCCAUUAUUUUCACUCUUCUACUCUCUCUCCUGCCCCAACUGCCCGGAUUACCCAUCCUUCCGAACCCAGACCCAGCUACCAUCCAGACCCAGCAAACUUUCCACCCAAAUCCCACACCACCAGCCACAAUCCCUUCUUUUCCAGAACAAUCUGCUGUAGUAGGAUGCCCAUUAAACCUUCCUGAUGGGAUUUUUCCUGCUGUCAAAACUUCUUGUAGUGUUGACAGAAACGGCCAGAUCAAUAAGGGUAAAUGCUGCCCUGUUCUAGCUGCUUGGUUAUACUCAGCUUACUCUCAAACUGCCCUACAAGCAAAAGAUUCGAAAACGGCGUCGUAUGAAAUGCCAUUGUUGCCUGAUGAUUCAGAAACUUGUAUUGAUGAUCUUGAGAAGGCAAUGGAAAAUAAGGGGGUAAAAUUAGUACACCCAAAUUCGAGUUGUGAUGUUGUGUAUUGUUACUGUGGAAUCAGGUUGCAUCAGUUAAGCUGUUCUCAAGCUUUUCAUAUUGAUGAAAAUGGGAUUUUAUCUGGGGAUUAUAGAGUUAAGAAAUUGGAGGAAGAUUGUUUAAGUGCUAAACAUAAUAAUGGGUCUAGAAAACAGAAUAGUCAUUCUAAACUUGCUGCCUGUUCUAAAUGCCUGAAAUCCCUUUACUCGCUGAAGAAAGGCAGUAAAGUAAACGGAAAUUCGACCAAAGUAGACGUCAGGACAAGCAAGAUGCGUAGCAGAGACUGCGACUUAAUGGGGCUAACAUGGCUUCUCAACAAAGACAGAGACGCAUACAUAUCGACCGUCACAACAGUCAUGCGUGCCUUAAUGCUGAAUGACGAAGGGUCUGACCCUAGAUCAUGCAGCCUCAACAGCGAUGGCAUGCCUCUCGCUGUUGAUUCUGACGAAAUCAAUGGCCAAUCUUCGUCUGUCUCCCUCCGGUUUUCCCUCUUCGUCUAUGUACUCUCUUUUUUUCUGCUAAUUAUGAGCUCUAGUGUAUUAUCUUAAUCUUUCUAGUCUUCAUUGUUUUAUCUACCCAUUAAUCUCAAUUUUUUGUUCGUUAUUGGUGGCUGUGUUUCCAAUAUGUAUUAGUGAAAUGUAUUUUGGUGUAGGUUUCUGUUUUCCUGUUACAAGUUUUGUAACUUUGUGCAGUAAAA